AUGUGGCCCGUCUCCGGGUCCCCAUCCAGGAAGAGGGCAGUGACCAGCGCAGCUGAGUUUGCUGGUAAUGGCUUUCAUACUUCGCUGCCAAGUCAUUCUUUGACCUUCCCCGGCUUGUUUUCACCCUUCACGAGGUUUUGCGAAAACCAGAUUCGGACGUCUGUCGCUCUCCGCGAAUUUCACGCUGCCUCCGAACCUGGGAAGCACAGGCGACAAACACCGAAGUGGGAGAAGGGAUACCUUGUGCCAGGCAGUUUUCUCGAGAAAUGCCACACAUCUGUUUGCAUGGGCAGUUUUCCGUCCGCGACUUUGUCAGCUUUGCCGGAAUCCGAAUCAAUGCCAUCUCACAGUCCUAUGGGCACAUCGCUAAAUUUCAAACUGAGCUCGGCUAAGCCGAAAGGCAGGAUUUACUCAAGCGGCUGUUUGUGUCUACCCCUUGUAACUAAAUCUAAUGCACAAUUUAUGUCCGAGAUUCAACGUCUGUCUCGUCACAAUAAAAGUGCUUGUACGCCGAUACCACCGUAUCUCGCCGGCCGUCCAGUUGACCUCAAACGACUAUACAAUGAAGUAACCGCUUCGCACGAGUGGGCCGCUGUUUACGCAUCGAUGGGUUUUCCAUUGGGUUGUAUUGAGUCUGGCCAUGGGUUACGCAGUAUAUACCAGCGUUUCCUAGAGCCGUAUGAGCGGUGUCAGCGGAUGGCCUCGAGAACCGAUGAAUUAGAACCUGCCUACGUCGAUACAGAUUCACAGGAUUCUGAUUUGACCUCCAAGGGAUCGAAACCGACUUAUUCAAUGAACUACCUGGAUAGCGUACCCAAUCAUCUUCGUGCUGGUUGGAAUCUCAGCACUGAACUUGUUGACCAGUUUGAUUACUCCAGUUUGGAGUAUGCUCUGCGGUCAAACCUACCCAACGAACUGGACUUCGCAUUGAACUCAAUGCUUUUGAUGUCCUCACAGCCCAACGGAUUCAGCUUGCACAAAAAUGUUCGGUUGUUAACGUUACUGCUGGAGUCGGUUGGAAUUUCUAAUUCUCAACCUUCCAGCCACAACUCUGACUCGGAAACUGUCUUAUCCAGACGGUUCAGCGAUUUUUGGCAUGCAAAUGUGCUGGAAAAAGAUGGUCGUAAAUUUCUCUCUCCCGCUGCGCUGACAUGCGGUCCCCAAACGAAUGUGGAGAGUGCAUGCGUUACGCAGGACUCAAACUUGGUGGAGCUGCAUGAUAUGGCCUAUGGUGAUGACGAAGGCUUUCGUGUGCAAUUGGUUGCAACCGUCUUGCGGAAUUUGGCUAUCGAGGGUGGUUUGAGUGCGGUCGAAAUCGGCCGGGACCCACAAGCCCUACGUUUCACUUUUCUGUGCAUUUAUGCUAAGCAUUCGAGCCUUCGGCAACUGGGCCUGGAAAUUUUGUCAUCGCUACACUUCCCUGUAGUCAGCUGUUUGCGUCCAAUCCUCAGUCGUCUACUUCGAACUUUGUUGACUAGUUGUGACCGAAACGACCAAAUCAGAGGGCUACAACUUGUCCGUCGAUUGUGCGAGUCCCCUACCUACCUAUCGGCCGUCGAUCGACUACGAGCAGCCAAUACCAUCCAAACCCAAUCUGCUACACGUGACCGUGCGAUGUUGACAACGGACCGGAAUUCUGAAUUUUUGUCGAUGCUUCCCUCCGUCGUUUUUCGAUGCAUUAUAUCCCGAUUGUGCUUGAGAGAUCUACACCUCGUUGUUCUAGCGCUCGAUACGAUAUACAGCUUAUCAUCACUCGGGUCCGUAUUGUGCGAACGAAUGCUGAGGUCCCAUGUUGAUCUAGAGCAACCGCUUGAAGAUGUUUAUCGUUGUUCUCAGGUUACGGGUUUGGCGAAUAUUUUAGAAAUGCUUGUUGCCUUACUGCGGCUCGAAGCACAAUCCAUGGGCUCCGAAAGCCUCGUGCGUGUUCGUGUAAUGCAGGCUUUAGGUGCUGGGACACAGAAGACCUCUGCUCCGACGGGAUCGCAGCCUUCUACGACUUCCCACGGAAGCGACUUUAUACGACCGUCCACUCAACCAAGUUCUUUCACGCGUACCACCCAGCCCAGCUUCCCAACGGUGUGCAAAGAACCACAUAUCCCUUUAACUUCAGCUUCGCCGCUUUUUACCCUCCAUUCUCUGGAUCCGAAUAAAAUCAUGUGUCAACCGGAAUUGCACACUGACGCUCUGCAGUGUCCAUUUGUGAAUUUACCGAGACCCGUCACCAACCCAAGCAUUCCGGCUUUCAGAUCUGUUACUGAUGAUGUGCAAGCAACGCCCGUUUGUUCGGUUCAACCUCAAUUGUCUCUGUCGAUCAACACCUCAAUCUGCUCACCUGUGUCCACCGUUGUCCCGCGUAUAACUAUCGUUGCAACACCGGUUCCGGUCAGUGAGCCACAACAACUGUCUUGCGUCCAGUCGUACGCAGUAUCCUCUGUAAGCAGUUUACCUACCUCUACUCAGACAGUCUCUAAGCUACCUUCAACGGAAGUUCUCAUUCUAUCCGAUAUCAAGCCAUUCCGGCUCCCUCACCAACAGGUGGUGGACGUGAGGACUACCCAGACAUGUGCGACUCCACGGAGGCCGUCACCUCCAGUUCGAAGCGCCUUGCCUGCUUUGAAAGCAUCCACAGCUAGACCAUUACGCGCCUCAUCAGAAGCACCCACCACCGUUUCACACACAACUCGUCGCGCUUACAUGUUCGAAUGGCUGAGGAAGAAUUAUGUUGUCCAUUCUCACUCCACCGUCCCCAGAAUACAAAUCUAUACCGAUUAUCAACAGGCCCAUCAGCGUAGAUUUGGGUUCAAUAAUGGCGGAGCCGUUUCUCCUAUAGAAUUUCAUGCUGAGCUGAAGUCAAUUUUCCCCGGGAUCGAACAGAUCAAAGUUCAGACUCCUGGUGGACAUGUCGAAAUACAUUACCACCAUUUGAAGCAUCUCAAUUCACCUGAACCUAAAAGUACACAAGGUGUGAACGAUAUAAUGGCAGCUGUGCUUUGUCCCAGGCCGAGCACCAUCCCCGUACAGCCGUUGGUAGCCAAAACACAGAAGCGACGAAAAGUCAGCAUCCCGAGGAACUCCACAGAUCACUCAACCGCUAUUUCACUUGACAGUGAUAAUGGUCCUCCAGCAAAAACCGUCCCCAAACCAAUUGACACUCCCCUUAAUGGGCACACCGAAUAUUUGGAAGCGGUGAAUGGUCGGACAGCUUCUCCAAUGAACGGACUGAACAAAGAUGUUGCCCGUAUCAUCACAAAUCCAAACAACGAUAAAAUAGCCAUACUUCCGAACGGUUUUCAGCCCAGGAUAUCCUCUGUUACAUCCUCUGCACCACAAACCGGAGGGACGGCCACUUUAUCAAACUGUCCGAAAUUAAAUGAACUAGUAUCCAAGGAAACUGGUCUUGUAUUACUACCAGUCUUCACCACACUGAAUUUCCACCCCACGGUCAGCAAUAUUAAAGGACAACAUCCGGUUAUUCACAAUCCCGGUAAUGCCCAAAAACAAAUGGGUAUGGCAGUUUGCAUCUCUCCUGUUCAGCAACGGGUGAGCGCACCCUCGAACCAUCCGACUAACUGUAGCUCCGCUCCUACCACUACCACCACUACUGUUAAGUUAAAUCCAAAUGACAAUCACUCCGCUGCAUGCGCCUUACUUCCACACAGUGGAAUCGAUGAUAUUGGAAAACCUGCCGAAAUCAACCUACAACGAAACCCUGAGCUAUUGCAUAACGGACAAUCAGCAGUUCCUCCAGUUACGUUCGUUUGUCUGUGGGAUCAUUGUGGACGGACGUUUGAUGGUCCUGAAUACCUGAAAGAGCACGUAUUUGAAUCCCAUUACAUGAAUUCUACCACUGAGAUUUUUUGCCAUUGGGACGGUUGUUCGCAACGAUUGUUGCAGACUUCCCGGGAUGUCUUUAUCACACAUCUGGUUGAUAACCACUUAUCUUCUGUCCCUUCUACGACUUCGGCUUCCGUUUGUACUACCAAAACGGCGGGAAAACCGGCGCUCACUUCGAUAUCUGCCUUGCUUCAAGCUGAUUCCCCGAACCCUGAAAAUAGCAAUUCACCCAUUGUUAUCCCUUCUUCGCCUGAAAACAGUAAUUCGGUUGAAUUUUCAUUGCAAUCUAGUGGGAGCAGCAAUCACACAAACGAGCCAGGUGUUCCUAUUCACAACCUCCCUCACGUGCCUCCCCCGCCAUCGACACCUGAGCCCAAUGUCCCACUACCUGAAGAAGAGUCCAUAGCAGGCCCUACCAGAUCAAUUUCGCCUAACUCCAUGUCAACCGAACAACCGGAGCCAAGACAGCCAUUAUUAGAACCUCUGUCAGUGACUCAACUACAGCACGCACUAUGGUCCUCGCCACCAGUCAUUUCUGCGGAAUGCCGAAAAGCGCUUGCUGGUGGCAUUCCUAAUCCGCCAUUUACGCCACAUCCUCAGCGUGAAGGCCCUGUCACGAAACACAUCCGCCUAACAGCUGCCCUAGCUUUGAAGAAUUUCCUUCAGUAUAGCGCGACUGCUCGACGGCAUGUGGCAGCCUCGGAGAGUCUGCUUUGUGAGUUGGCCUUUUCAAAGUUGGAAUCUGCUCCCGUUAUCUUUGAGUGUCUCGGUUGCCUAAAUCAACACGAUGUCAUCUAUUCAUCCUUGCUGGACCACGAAUUUCUGACCCAAUCUGUUCGUCGAGCCGGUGACCCAAAACCGAUUGAUCAGCGAUUGUCAGCGACCUGAAAGAAACACUCAGUUAUUCACCUCUUAUGCAUUUUUGUCGUCCGUCUUACUUCUCCCACCCCCUAUGUGGCCUUUAUGGCAUUUACAGAGUGCAUCUUAAGCGCUGGAACCAUGUGCACACACAGUAUUCGUUAUUCUACUUUUUUUGAUUACUUCAGGUAUUGUAAUCAUUUAGGCCAUACAAACUUGGGAUUUCUCACUCCUUAAUUUGCCCGUCUCUAUUCCUUUAUGGUCACUUUCCUCUUACAUGUUCAUAUGUAUAUACGUAGGCACUGGAGCAACAUAUUCGUUUUCUGUUUUAUUUCCUUUUUCAUAUUUUCUAGUCUUGGUCUCUAUACUCAAUCACAUUGUGGCGGCGUUUUCUUUUGUUUGUAAAAUAUGGACAUUGAAGUAAGAUCCUCACUGUGAUGCGAUCAUAAUGGUUCUAGUGAACAUUGAACUGAUGUCUUCUAAUGAGCCUCUUCUCUGAUCAUUGUACAGGAUUCUUUUUACUUUUGCAUCACCCACUACCUUCACUUUUUUUGAAUGAAGAAUUCAAGUGAACAGAAAACGUAGAAAGAAAUCACGUCCCGUC